ACUCAUUAUGCCAUCACAUUUCACAUAGACCUCUCUCUCACUGCCAUUCUCAUUAUCAUUACCAUUUUCCUUUCUUUUUUAUUUGUUUUUUUCCAUUUCUCUGCAAUUUUUCUCCCCACAAGCCACAGCUAUAAUGGCCAAUGCUAUUUCUGGGAUGGCUGUGCAUGACGAGUGCAAGUUAAAAUUUUUGGAGCUCAAGGCAAAAAGAACACACAGAUUCAUAGUUUAUAAAAUCGAGGAGAAGCAAAAGCAGGUUGUGGUGGAGAAGGUUGGUGAACCAGCCAAGAGCUAUGACGAUUUCACCGGGAGCCUCCCCGCGGAUGAAUGUCGUUAUGCCAUUUAUGAUUUUGACUUUGUUACUGAAGAGAAUUGCCAAAAGAGCAAGAUUUUCUUCAUUGCUUGGUCUCCUGACACUGCAAGGGUGAGAAGCAAGAUGAUCUAUGCAAGCUCUAAAGAUAGAUUUAAGAGAGAGCUUGAUGGGAUUCAAGUUGAGUUGCAAGCAACCGAUCCGACGGAGAUGGGCCUCGACGUGAUCAGAAGCCGUGCCAGCUAAACAUGAGCUAUAGGCCGCCCCCUUAUCUGAUGGAAAUUCCUUCCUCCCCUGCAGUCUUUAUUACUUGAAUUGAGUGAAAAUGCUAUAGUUUGUGGAAUGGCAACUUGCAAAAGUAUGGUAUCACCCAUUUCCAAGUUUUUCCAAUGAAUUUUAUUCAUCUUCAUGGUGUUUUACUAUUUUAUUUAGUGAAUAUCAAUUUGUUUAAUUAGUUGGCUCCUUUUUUCAUAGUUCCAUAUGGAGAGAAGUACUAUGAAUAUCCUAGUUGUUUGUGGGGGUUAGACGACAACUUUAGAGCCUUUUCAAGUGUUGUACAUGACCACCCCUAGUGUUUCUUUUACUUUCAUAUCGUGAUUAAAAAAAGUGGCUUUUUUCAUGCUUUA